AGCUUCUGGUCACUUCAUUCUCCAGUGAGUUAUUAUUUGGAUAUUUUCUCGAGAAAAAUUAGCUUUUCCGGGAAAGUCAAGCCGCUCCUGUAAUUCCAAUUCCGAAAAGGGUUAAAUUCGCGGAUUGAAAAGGCGAAAAAAAAAAUUAAAGCAACUUGCUCGAUCUUGGCGUUCUCGAUGCAAUCAGAUUCGCUAUCGGAAAAGGUUUUGGUGCUGACGGAGGAGGAGGGGGAAGAAGAAGAGGAAGAUUGCGCAAGCGUUAGCGUAGUGAUUGUUGGUUCCCGAUGAUUCCUCCGAGGCGGAAGAAAUGGACCGAGGCCGAGGAGAAAACCCUAAUCGACAAAUACGGGGAGAUGGUGGCGGACGGUUCGCUGGCGAAGAUGCGGACUCGCGAGAAGAAGUUCAAGCCGAUUGCUUGUCACGUGAAUUCGGUGCACCACGUGCGCGAUCCUGUGGCGUACCCUUGGCAGUGGAGUUGGAAGGACGUUUCGACGAAGGUGCAGAACAUGAGGCACCAGUAUCUACUGGUGAAGCAGAAGAUCAAGAGGCCUGAGUUUUCAGGGUCCGGAGGCGGUGAUUGUGAUGAUGGGAGUGAGUUUGAUUGGGUGGAGGGGCUUACUCAUUGGUCUAACUUUCUAAGGUACAAGGAUGUGUUUGGGGAUGUUGCACUUGUUGUUGGUGGUCAUGGUGGCAAUGAGUUGAUGGCAAUCGAGGAUGGGGAUCACGGGGAUCACCAUGAGGAUCAUGGGGAUGGUUUUCUUGCUGGUGGUGGGGGGAUGGACAUGGUUGAGUUUGGGCAGAUGGGUCAUUCUGGGGAUGGGGAUUUUGGGGCUGCUAUGGAUGGUGUUGACAAUGAGGUGAUGGGAUUGGGGUUUGAGUAUGAGGCAGAGGAAGGGGAGGUGAAUUACAAUGGGAGUGGUCGGGAGAGGGAAGAUGCGGCGGAGAAUGGUUUUGUGUUUGAGGAGGAAGGGGAGGUGAAUGGGUCAAGUUUGAAGAAGAGGAAGGUGGUAAAGGGGAUGGAAAGGAAAGUGUGGCGGAUUCUUGGUAACCAACUGGGGCAGUUAAGGGAAAUGGAAGCGCGGUUUGAGCAGCGUGAGGUGGAGAGGGAGCGUGAGAGGCAGAGGAGGGAGAACUUGCGAGUGGAGCUUGAUAAGCAGUGGGAGAAGAAACUGGAGGAGAGGGAAAAGGAGAGGGAGGAGAGGGACAAGGAAAGGGACAAGCUUAGGAGGCAGACAAUGGCGGAAUGGGAAGCUAUGGAGAAGGAAAAUGAAGAGAUGGAAAGAAAAAGAAGAGAGGAAGAAUUGAUUCAUGAGAGGGAAUGGGAGGAAAGAAUGAAUUGCAGGAGGCUAGAAUGGAAGAAGAGGGUUGACGAGAUGCUAAGCCAGCACCGAGCAGAAAUGGGCCAGAUGCAGACUCGGUUUCUUCAUGAGCAACAAAAUCUUACUAGCCAAUUGCUUGGUCUAUUCUCUCAAUGGCCUGCCCAACCUGCUGGCCUAUCUGAUCAUACGAGUGCCAGCAACCAUUAUCUUUCACAAAUGAUGCAAAAUUUGCAUCAUGUGAAUGGAAUUGUUCAUGGUGACACUAGGGUCGAGGGAGAUAAUCAAGAAGAUCAAUUCAUUGUUGAUGGAUGAUGUAUCCCUUCUGCCAUUUUGCGCAUCUCUCUAUGCUGGGGAAUCCGGAAACAUUUCUGUCACAAGAAGUGUCAAAAAAGUGCACAUAACUGUUGAAUGCAUUUUUCAUUGUACUUUCUUCAAUUAAGUAUGAUUGUAUACCUUGUAGUUUAUAAUAUUUUAGUGUAACUAAUUGAUAUAAAUAAUGCUCUUCAUUUCUUGUUUUUCUCUGUACCGAACCAUGAAGCCGAGUUUAAAGGUAACGGUUGUUGUCCAA